CAAUAAAACUUUCCUCCCCCCGAAAAAAAAAAAAAAGAAAAAGAAAAGCUUAUAAUUUUAACUGCUAAGAAUAAUCAAUUAGAAAUCCCUCUCUUAUUCGUUCUCUUUCGCUCUUCACCGUUCGGAUUCUACAAUAAAAGAAACCCUAGCCUAGGCAUUUCCGAUCAAAUCAGGGGAGUAAUGGAUGGAUCGGGCGGAAGAGGAGGAAGUGGAGUGGAUAAUGUAUUACCUAAUUACAAGCUUGGAAAAACGCUUGGAAUUGGUUCUUUUGGAAAGGUCAAAAUUGCUGAGCACAUUUUGACUGGUCACAAAGUUGCCAUUAAGAUUCUUAACCGAAGGAAGAUUAAGAAUAUGGAGAUGGAGGAAAAAGUUAGAAGAGAGAUUAAAAUUUUGAGAUUGUUUAUGCAUCCUCACAUCAUUCGACUCUAUGAGGUGAUAGAGACAGCAACUGACAUUUUUGUGGUUAUGGAGUAUGUGAAGUCUGGAGAACUCUUUGAUUAUAUUGUAGAGAAAGGAAGGUUGCAGGAGGACGAGGCUCGCAACUUUUUCCAGCAGAUAAUUUCUGGGGUGGAGUACUGCCACAGAAACAUGGUGGUUCAUAGAGACCUUAAGCCUGAAAAUUUACUUCUGGAUUCCAAAUGCAAUGUGAAGAUUGCUGAUUUUGGCUUGAGCAACAUAAUGAGAGAUGGUCAUUUUCUGAAGACAAGUUGUGGAAGCCCAAACUAUGCUGCCCCAGAGGUUAUCUCUGGGAAACUGUAUGCUGGACCUGAAGUGGAUGUAUGGAGCUGUGGUGUUAUAUUGUAUGCCCUUCUUUGCGGCACUCUUCCUUUUGAUGAUGAAAACAUUCCCAACCUCUUUAAGAAAAUAAAGGGUGGCAUAUAUACUCUUCCAAGCCAUUUAUCUCCUGGUGCUAGAGAUUUAAUCCCACGGAUGCUUGUAGUUGAUCCAAUGAAGAGAAUGACCAUUCCUGAGAUUCGCCAGCACCCAUGGUUUCAAGCGCAUCUUCCAAGAUAUUUAGCUGUCCCCCCACCAGAUUCAAUGCAACAAGCAAAAAAGAUUGAUGAGGAGAUCCUUCAGGAAGUGAUUAGGAUGGGAUUCGACCGGAACCAUUUGGUCGAAUCUCUUCGGAACAGAAUUCAAAAUGAGGGAACUGUUGCUUACUACUUACUAUUGGACAAUCUGUUCCGGGUCUCCAGUGGCUAUCUUGGAGCUGAGUUUCAAGAAACUAUGGAAUCUGGCUUCAAUCGCAUCCAUCCAAAUGAACCUACAGUUCCAGCUGUUGGACACCGCCUUACAGGAUAUGCUGAUUAUCAAACAAUGGGUUUAAGGGGCCUUGAAAGAAAGUGGGCUCUUGGACUUCAGUCUCGUGCCCACCCUCGUGAAAUCAUGACAGAAGUUCUCAAAGCCUUUCAAGAACUCAAUGUGUAUUGGAAGAAAAUUGGUCAUUACAACAUGAAGUGUAGGUGGCUUGCUAGCAUUCCUGGCCUUAAUGAAGGCUUGGUUAACAAUCCCGUGCACAACAGUCACUAUGAAUUGACCAUUAUAGAAAAUGAUGGUGUUUCCAGGGCCCCAAAUGUUGUCAAGUUUGAAGUGCAGCUUUAUAAAACUCGCGAGGAAAAGUAUUUGCUGGAUCUUCAGAGGGUUGAGGGGCCACAGUUUCUCUUCUUGGACCUUUGCGCUGCUUUCCUCGCUCAGCUCCGUGUCCUCUAGCAUGAGAAGGUUAUAUUUCCAUUGACUUGUCAAUGAAUCUCCUAUGAAGCGUGUGAAUAAGAAUGAGAAUAUUCUAUGUAAAUAACUAUUUUUUGGUAGUUUUGACUAAAACCUUUUUUGUUUUAUAACCCUAAAUUUUAGAUGGGUAAUUGUGGAGGCUGAAGGCAAUGCCUUGAUAUAAUUAGAAUUUCCACAAUGUUGUAUGUAACCAAAGGAGAGUUUUUAUGAAUUAUGAUAUGAUAUUUGAGCUGAAAAUGAAAAAUCAUACUAAUUUUAAAUCGAAAAA